AUGAUCCUUCGGAGCAGCGCCGCCAAAACAGAAUAUACCUGCGAUCGCAGCCACCAAUGCCAGCCGAACGUGCCGCUGUCGAUGGACGAGGCGUCCUACCGUCUGGUCGCGUUCCUCGCCUCCGUGUUCAGCACGGUUACCGUAAUCACGUGUUUGGUAUGUGUACCCCUGAUGUACGAGUACGUGCAGAUGGUGCAGUCGGAGCUGGACCACGAGCUGAACUUCUGUCAGGUACGACGAGCAUGCGUUUUCAUCCUCAUUCGUACAGAAGCUCGUUGUCCUUGCGUGCAAGGCCCAUUAGGACCACCUGGCCCGCCAGGAAAAGAUGGUCAAAAUGGAGAAGAUGGGUUACCCGGAAGUCCAGGUACUCCAGGAAUCCCGCUUCAACUGCCACAGUGGUGGAACUGUACCGUAUGUCCACCAGCAAGUUCAGGCCCAACGGGAAUCCGCGGGCCCAAAGGGUCUACUGGACCACGCGGAGAGAGAGGACUGCCCGGAGAUGUUGUCUUGGGAGUACGGAAAGGAAAUCCGGGUGCACCAGGAGUUCAAGGGCCACCGGGAAGGGCAGGAAAUCCCGGCAUUCCUGGAACCCCAGGGAAACGGAUUUUCAUGGAAGGUCGCGUUGGUCGUCCCGGUGAUCGUGGGCCACCUGGACCGCCCGGCCCUAUGGGACCCGACGGAAUGCCCGGAAUGCCAGGACCAGAAGGUAACGAAGGCAUUCCAGGAGACGAAGGAAUGGCCGGAAUGCCUGGCAACGUAGGUGGUGUAGGUCCGCCCGGUCCGCAAGGGCCGCAAGGAAAACCAGGAUCUUGUAACCACUGCCCUCCUCCUAGAACUGCGCCCGGAUAUUAG